UUGUCUCUUCUUUAGUAAACCAAAAUUGUUUCUACUCUUCCUUUAAUUUCUGUCACAUUCACCUAACAUAAUACAUCAAGUAUGGCCAAUAUGCAACCUCAAUUGAACGACGCUAACUACUGGUCUACCAUUCCAUUGGCACCAGGACAAUCCAGCAGCUACAACCAAAGCAACCAUAGAAGUUGUUGUAGUUAUCUCUGCAGCAUCUUUUGGAAGCUUCUGCUUGCACUCGUUGUCCUCUUUGGUCUCAUAAUCCUUAUCUUCUUUCUCAUUGUUCAACCCCGCGCCUUCAAGUUCUAUGUUACUAAAGCCGAACUAACACAAUUUGACUACACAAACAACACACUACACUACGACAUGGUGCUCAAUUUCACAGCACACAACCCAAACAAAAAACUUAGCAUCUAUUACGAUAAAGUUGAAGCUCGAGCUUUCUAUGAAGGAUCGAGAUUUGCAAAUGUCGAUGUGAUCACACACAUGAACUCGUUUCGCCAAAACAAGAAAACUAGUGACCCCAUGAGUGGCGUUUUCUUAGGACAAAAGUUGUUGGUACUCGACAAUGAUCAAGUCUCGGAAUUCAGCAAAGACAAGAGUGUUGGAGUUUAUGGUAUCUAUGUGAAGCUCUACUUCAGGAUUAGGUUCAAACUUGGAGACUCGAUAUCUCGCACAUACAAGCCUAAGGUCAAAUGUGACCUCAAAGUUCCAUUGAAAUCAAACAAUAAUGCAACCUUUACCUUCACCCGGGUUUUGCCCGAAAAAUGCAAUGUUGUGUUCUAGGUUCUACCUACGGUAUUUGCAUACGUAGAAUUUUAUUUUAGUUACCAAAUAUUUCUUUUCUGUAAUUCUAAUGAUUUGCGAUGAAAUUUUUUAUUUGUUUAUUCAUUCAU